AAGCGGCUCGUAUAAAGCGGCCCCGGGCCGCGGCGGCAGCACACUCGACGCGAUGGUCCACUACAGCAGUCUGGUGGCCUUGUGCCUUCUGGCCCUGGUGGCCGCGGCGGCAGCGCAGGGCGGCAGCGGAGGCUACGACAAACAGCCGGACGGCUACUUCCAGUACGUCAACGUGCCCGGUCACAAGGAGUACGAGUUCGGCUGGAAUCGUGGCAACCCGCACCACUACAUCAGCCGCUACGAGCAGGCCAAGGACCACCGCUUCCGUACCCGGGUUAAGUGGGGUGACCAGAAGGGAGGCUACGGCGAACACUACUACGAGUACAACCACGGACCGAAGGGCUACGGCAAGGAGGAGAAGGGCUACAAGGCGCCGCAGCCCGCCUACUCGCCGCCGUCUUACCAGCCUCCGGCACCAAGCUAUUCGUGAACGCGAUGACCUUUUCAACCACUUCGGCCGACUGCAAUAUAGAUGGCGCUGCCGAUACCCGACGCCUCCCAACGCUCCAUGGGCUGCACGUUGCGUGUGCGAGCCAGUCGGUCGACGCUCCUAGCGGACGACUUUUCACGGCGUCGUUUGCAUGGAGCCCUCAGCUAUUUCACGCUUCACUCCAUUAAUGUGAAAGAAACCAACGAAAGAGAGCCUCUAGUCGUUCCUUGAGUGGUCCGUUUCGAUGCAGAUCUAUUAACGUGCGCAUCUCAGAGCAGCUUGUUAUUUGUUUAUGCUGUAUAUAUGGGCUUGUGAAAAUAUAAAUCAGUGUCUCAAAA